CAUAUAAGCUGUGGUCAAUUGGUCGAACGAUUGGUGAUCGAGUGGUUUUGUCGUUCCGUAAAUGCGGAUGUGUGUCGUAUCAACGACGAUUAUUGUGCAAGUGCCGAGUACUUGUCGAAACACGAAAUCUGAAGGUCGAUAAUAAUCCGUGGUUGAGGAGAGUGGUGUAAGUUAACGGUCCCUUGGUGCUUUCGUCAUGCUGUCAAAAUUGAUGAGGAAGACAGAGUUGACGGGAGAUGCUCACUGAUAUGGAGAUUAUUGAGAAUCCCCUGGUCCGCGGGCCGCCUCUACUUGAAAGGUUUCCCGAAAGUUUUCACACGAGGAACAAGUAAAAAGGUGCAGGUCGUCGGGCAACUAUCGGCUGUCUUGUCGGCUUCCCGAAAUUUUAACGUCGGUAUCAUUUGAUUCACGACUUGAUUCGCUCGUUUGUUUUCUGUAUACCUAUCAUCCUCGAGAUAUACCGUAACACGUAACGAAAUCAGAGGUAUCCUCGCUGUGCGAGGUCAAUUUUUCGCGAUGGCCUCGACAUCCAGCACUUCAGCUCAAAUAUUGAUGAAUAAGCGCAAACGUGAUGCAGCUACUUAUAUUCAUGCUGAAUGUAGUAAUCUUGACAGUAGCUGUCCACAGCAUCUUAAUGAAUUGUUAGAUAUACUAUUAAAUCCUGCUAAACCCAUCGAUGAUUGGGAAACCAUCGAUUGGUGCAAAUGGUUAAUGGCUGGUGGUAAAACACCGGAUGAGUUUGAUAAUGCAGUAAGGAUGUAUGAUAAUGCUACAACAUGUGGACUGGUGUGGACUCCCAACUUUGUAGCAUACCGUUGUCGUACUUGUGGUAUAUCACCUUGUAUGUCCUUAUGUGCGGAAUGCUUUAAAAAGGGCAAUCACUAUCGCCAUGACUUUAAUAUGUUUCUCAGUCAAUCUGGAGGUGCAUGUGAUUGUGGUGAUACAUCGGUUAUGAAGGAAACAGGAUUUUGCGACAGACAUAGUCCAAAAGCUGCUGCUUGUAAGUCUGCUGCACCUUCGGAUUUAUUAUGCGUGGCAGAAGCAAUGAUGCCACGAAUAAUCCUUCGUCUUAUUCAACAUUUACGUGAAAAUUGUAAGGCUGGUAGACCAGAUUAUAGAGUCGCUAUUCAAAAUGCGGAUGGAUAUGUAACCAUGCUCCUUGAUUUGAAUAAGAUGGGUGCAUUAAUGAGGAAUGUUAUGACAUCAGCACUUACUGAUUCCCAAAAAUAUAAAAGUCUCAUGGAUCCUUCUAUUUCGACUGGACAACCAGAAUAUGAUCUGUAUUGCCAGGAAAGUAAUAAAAUAUAUCAAGAAGCAGUGAAGUGUUUACCAAAUCCAGAACCACCUGAUGCCUAUAAAGAUUGUGCACCAUUGCAAAAACAUUUAAAACAUACUACCUUCUUAGAAGAAUUAAUGUUCUGGAUAGUUGUUUAUGAGUUUCCGCAAAAAGUAGUUUGUGUGCUAUUGAACAUGUUACCAGAUCCAGAUUACAAGGAAGCACUUAUUUGUGCUUUUGUACUACAUUAUAGUAGAAUCUCGAUGAUGCUUGAACGUUCAGCUGAUCCUGAUACUUUGAGCAACAGAGUAGUUCAUGUUAGCGUACAGCUUUUUAGUAACGAAAGUCUAGCAUUGAGAGUGCUGGAUCGAUUAAAGCUAUUGCAUGUUAUGGUUAUUAGUUUGAAAUAUAUGAUGAUGAAAAUUCUGAUUCAGAAUACCUUACAUGAUAUAGACACAAAUUUUCACUACGUAGUAGACUGUGGACGACAAGUGAUGAAAGAACAUUGUUAUUGGCCACUUGUGUCGGAUUUAAAUAAUGUUCUUUCACAUAAGCCUAUGGCUAUUCGAUUUAUGAGCGACGAUUCACUUUUGAUAAUGUGGUUUGACUUUCUGUCUAUGUUUCAAGGAAUGAACGUGAAUCAUCGAGAAAGAAGUCUACACGUCGAAUAUGAACCUAACACGUACUAUGCAGCAUUCAGCGCCGAAUUGGAAGCCAGCGCGUAUCCGAUGUGGGCUUUAGUUUCCCAUUUGUGUGGUCCAGAAAGUGUAACCCUUAGUCGGAGAAUGCUUAUGUUUUGCCUUACUGCUUUACAAGAUUGGCUAGAUGCUGUGAAUUAUACGCAUUCGAAUGAUAGUGAUAGUUUACAAGUAUCGUUUCACCUUCCACUUCAUCGAUAUUUUGCAGUAUUUCUGCGUCAAGCUGUUCGUCAACAAGGAGCUACACUUAAUGAUUUGUUACCUCCUACUGAUAUGUUGCAUCUUUUAAUGAUGCAUCCCUUACGAGUUCAGGUUGCUUUCUACGAAAUUUUGAACGGAAUAUGGGUGCGCAAUGGACUUCAAAUUAAAGGGCAAGCUAUGACUUACAUACAAUGCAAUUUUUGUAAUUCGAUGGUGGAUGCAGAUCUUUAUCUUCUGCAAGUGUGUGCAACCAAAUUGCAACCAGAUGUCUUUCUAAAAACAGUCAUUGAAAAGUUUCAUAUAAGGGAAUGGAUGAGUCCUCGUUUAUAUCAUCGACGUCAGAAUGAAUACAUAGAAGAACAUACUAGUCCCAUGUUAGAAAGCUGCUUAACAUUUCUAGCUACAUUAGUUAAUGUUCGAACAAAUCUAGGUUUGUCAGAUCCUGAGAUGUCGUGUAUGGAAAUGGUUACUUUAUUAAGUAUGGGUGACAAGACUCAUAGUCAACUAAUGGAGUUAAUGCCAGAACGAUGUGGCACCACUCAAACCAGAAAUUUUGAAGCUGUAUUGGCCGAUAUAGCGCAGUACAGGGCUCCAAAUCUAGAAGCUAGUGGAAAUAUGCAGCAAGGAAUGUAUGGCCCUAAACCACGUGUUUGGGAGGAAUUGUUUGAUCCUUUACACGUUUCAUUAAGAGCAAUAAACAGGAGAGAUUAUCAGAUAUCAAUGGACCGUUUUACCGAAUAUGUCAAACAAUCUGGCAAGUUAAAAAAUAGUGCAACACCAUGGCCACCAUUUAGACAUCCUGCCCCUGUUUCACCCGAUUAUGAUGAUCCGCGGAUCGUGUUGCGCACCAAAAUUUUUCAUGUCAUGAUUUUAAUAAUUCUUUACAAGGCUGUGUACGGGCAUAAUAUAUCGGAGCAUGUCAUGGCACUGACUAUAUACCUAUUAGAAAUGGCAGUAAUUACUGCGGAAGUACCAGACAAAUCUAUGAAUCCUUUAUGUCAGUAUACCGGCGAUAAGUCGUCUCGUAUAAUAAAAAAUAUGGAUCUAAUCAGUUGGUACAAGACUGAUAAUUUGUCUGAAAAUCUAAGAACUGUAAUACCUAGAGUUAUUAAAGUCCAAGAGUCAGAGCCAGAGCCAGAUAGCUCGGACAGUGAUGUGGAAUGGGAAAUUCAAGGUGAAAUGACUGAAGUCGCAACUUCACUUAUGUUAAAUGCUGGAACAAAUGAAAGCUCCUUGGAAGUUUUGUCGCUUCCAUCAUUACCUCCUUUAUCAGCUUUACCCAGAACAAAUACUCGAUUUCAUAUGACUAUUGUACCUGAAGAUGGAAUUGUUGCUAUAUCAGAUACUGAUAGUGAAGAUGACUUAAUUCCACUACAAAGAGCUUUGCCACCAUCCACCGAAGAAGAAUCCAUGGCUAUAGCACUUGAAUCAUCUCCAUCAAUCAAUAUGGUCAGCGGUCAACCCGCGUUACCACCUGCACCUCAGCGGCCCGUUGUUAUGGCUGGCAAUGAAAUUGUUCCUGCUCAAACAGUUUAUUUGAGAUUGAGCACUUCCGAAAUAACAACAACAGAAAUUGUUCCAUCUACGUCAGAGAGAAGAGAGCUACUGGGCGGACAAUUACAUCCAAAAACAGUGAAAGCGGGCGAGAGUAUAAUUUCGUUACUUUUGAGGUUGCAUUCGCAAUUAUCGGGCGUUCCAGACAGUUAUAAUCCGGAACAAAGUGCAAUGUUGGAUAACGAAGCUAGUAGUAGUUCAGCUGCACAGCCAAAAGAAUCAAGAAUCGGUGAUGGCCCAUUCUUUAUCUCGCAGCUACUUAAUAAGAUAGCAAAUCUAGAUCCCAUGUGCAAAGAUGCUAUUAUUGACACUAGAAACAAGCUAUGGCCGCGUAUGCAGGAGUGCGAAGGUAAACAGCGAGAAAAAGAACAUCAGGAAAGGGAAGAAAGACGAAGACGGGCGAAAGAAAGACAGCAGAAACUUAUGGCUGAGUUUGCUAAUAAGCAGAAGCAGUUUAUGGAACAAGCAAUGAAAACAGAGGAAGCAGGUGUGUCCGGUAUGGAUUGGGAACAAGACGACAAUACAACCAAAUUAACUAGCAAAAAGGAAUAUGACUGUGUUAUUUGCAACCAAACUACUCCCAGCAGCGAAGAUGCACCAAUGGGUCUUGUUGUAUUAGUUCAAGCAACAAGUGUUAUUGGUCAUGAGCGACAACAACCGGACAGACUGGUCUUCCCUACUUCUGACGAUGAUCCGCCUAUACCAAAGGGUGACACACGUGGUGCCUAUUUUGAUCGUAGAUUGGAUGAAAUGAAUCGCCAUUUCGAUGCUGUUUCAUGGCUAUUGUCUGUUAAUUUGGGCUGGGAAGGCGGUGUUCAUGUUCAAACAUGCGGACACCACUUGCAUCUAACUUGUUUAAAGUCAUAUCUACAGUCUCUUCGUAACCAACAAAGACAUCAAAGUCUUGCAGUGGAUAGUGGCGAAUAUUUGUGUCCACUUUGUCGGCAGUUAGCUAAUUCUGUUCUCCCACUUUCUCCGCGGCUGGGAGAUCGUGCGGCAGUGGUGCGGUCUUACCAUACCCCUUUUGCUACAAUACUCUCGCAAUUAAAUAAUUUUUUGAAAGAGAUACAACGAAGUCCAGUUUCGACAAAUUUGACUGCGGAAAUGGGAAGAGCUAUGGAGGAUAUGACGAAUUGCACAUAUUUCCAAUAUAAACAAAAGAACUGUUCUCCUAGUCACCAAAGCUUGUUCCUCUUUGUAACUUCUGUAGCUCGAACUAAUUUUGAAGUUGAACUUGUUCAACGUGGUGGAUCAUUGUGCAUCCCCCCACCCAAUACAAUACCCUUGACGCCAAAACGUGAUUGCAUCGUUGCACUUCUUCAUGUUUUGGCCAUGCAUGCAACAGUAUUGACAGCGUGGCCGGUACAUCACACUUGGCAACAGUUGACUGGAAUACCUGUUGUACCUGCGACGCCAUUAGCUCUCACACCUCACGAGAGGGAAGUUCCUUUACUUCUCAGAGAUCCAACUGCACUUCUUAUACAAUUUGUAUUAUUGCUUCCCUUGCAUUUGGAUCAAACGUAUUUCUCUAGCGUGGUAAAAGUAAUAUACAACUUAUUGUACUAUCAAAUAAUGUUACAAAUAAGUUGUGGGUUCACGCAAACAGAUAGAAACGCAAUUAUGAGGAGAAUCAAAUGCAAUGAUCUGAUGCCGUCAGAAACUAUACUUUGUAGAAUUAUUGAAUAUUUCGAUGAGAGUGCGCUCUAUCGUUCAGACGAUGUUGCGCCGUACGUAAGAGAUAAUAUGGACAUCAUCGAGAUGCAGAUACGAUCUAUGUGCUUGCCAUUCUUACGAGUAGCUGCACUGCUUCGCUAUCAUUUAUAUGAAGAACCUUUACCCUUAGUUAGGACACCACAGUCUGAAUACACGAAAUUAAUUCAUUACUUGAACUUAGUUUCUAGAGAUACAAAUUCGUCUACCUUCAAUUCGUCGCAAACUUUGAACUGGCAAGACAGCGAAGCAAGUGUUUCGGUACCUCGUCUAUGGUGUGAUCAGUUGCUUGCUUUUGUAAAUCAAAGCGAUGCAGCAAGAAAUUUAAUAAUGGAACAACACAUAUCAUGGCAGGUACCGAAAUUACUCAGUCUUCCGAGGGAAUACGAGAAAAUUUUUACGUACUACCAUGAACGACCAUGUCGUAAAUGUCAUUCGAUUCCACAAGAAAUUAGCAUCUGUUUGUUGUGUGGAACCAUUGUUUGUCUAAAACAAAAUUGUUGCAAACAGAUGAAUGUCUGUGAAGCUGUUCAACAUUCGAUCGAUUGCGGGGGUGGAACUGGUAUAUAUCUGGUAGUAACGUCAACUUAUAUUAUUGUAAUCCGGGGUCGGCGAGCCUGUUUAUGGGGCUCUUUGUAUCUCGACGACUUUGAAGAAGAAGACAGAGAUCUGAAACGCGGAAAACCUUUGUAUCUAAGUCAAGACAGAUAUCAAUUAUUGGAACAGCAGUGGCUAGCGCAUAGAUUCGAUCACACGAAAAAAACAUGGGUAUGGCAUCGUGAUGCACUGUGACUUUUUUAGGACGUUAUAAACCGAUUAUUUUUUAAACAAGUUGAAGACUUUCAACAGAUUUAUUCCCAUACAAUGCUUCGCCAAAAAAUAACAGCGCUUUAAGAAUUAACAGAUCGCUCGAAUACUGUAUGGAUAUUAUAUUUAUUAUGAUGCAAGUAUACAUAAUAUUACAUAUUAAUAUAAGUAUAAACAUAAUAUUGAAUGAAAGUAUUAUUAAAAAAAAAAAAUGAAAAAACGAGGUGAGAGCUGAACUAAAAAACUGUUUAUAGUCACAACACCUGAAAGAUUAUAUCUGAAAAAAUGUAUGUUUUGAAUUAAACCUUGUACAUUUUAUUUAAGAAAAAAAAAUAUAUAUAUAAAUUACGUCCUUAUAAAAAAAGUACUUAUUUAGUGCGUAGCAUUUGUACUUUAGAGACGGAAAUGAUUGAAUUUGUUAAAUGAAAUUUCGAUUAUUGCUAGAAAGUGAAUAAGUUAUGUUAUGAAAAAUAACUUAAUAGUUUCACGUUAUUAGUGAAAUCAUUUUUCUUUUUCUUGAGGUGGAUUAAAUUUAAUGUGUGCCUUUUUUGAUGUAAGAAAAAAAAAAUACAAAAAGAAAAUCCGUUAUGUCCUAUAAUUUAUUACUGUAAUUACUUUACUGAUUAUUAAAAACUCCUUAUUUCAGAACCGUAUUUUGUAUUUGGUUUGUUCAGAAAUAGAAUUUUCUAGUUUACCGUAACUAAUUAUUGUAAACUAAAAAAAUAUAGCGCGUUAUAGUAGAUUUGUAAACAUGACAAAAUCGAAGACUGACGGUCUUUAUUAUAGGGACUCUGUUUCUGAAUAAAUUUAAUAACGAACCGAGCACGAUACUAAAAUAUCUGUAUAAUUUAUUGUCGUAUCUAAUUUGAAUCUGAAUUGUUCAGGUGAAGCAAUAAUGUUGAUUAUGAUUGUGCAUGGAUUGUUAGCUACAAGGUGAAGGGAAAAUUUUUAUGUAUAGAUGAAAUUGGCAGAAGUAUUGUCCUAAUAAGGAACAAUUCUAUAAAGCGAUAUUUUAGACGUAACUGAGAACAACGUGCAAAUUAUGUUCAGCAUAUCGAAUUAACUACUUUUCAUUAUUAAUAAAUGACCAGAGUCAACAGUGUAGUGAUAAGUAAAGGUUGUUGUUAACACCGCAUAAACAUUACUAUUGUAAAAUUUCCUCUUGUAAAAAUAGCUUUUGUUCGAAUUUCAUCAUGCGAAUUAUUCGUAGCAGUUCAUAGAAGGCUGUAAUAAGUAUGUCACGAAUCAGUGAAAACUUGCGAUUCAGACAAUAUUUGAUGCAUUAUUUUUCUCUAUGCAUAUUAUGGGCUGUGUAUAUUAAACUAUAUAAAUUCAUUUUAUCGAACGGAACUAUUUAUCUACUCGCUGAAUUUUUUCGCACCGGUGCAUAAAUACUAAUUAACCGAUUGAACUGUGGCAAAUAAGUUGUUAUUGCUUCAGAAAAAGCAAAUUUAUGCAUUCGUUUACAUAAAAAAAAAAAGAAAAAGAAAUAUUCCUGUCGGAACUUCGCUCUCGCGUAAUACUUUGAUACUCACUAAAACAGUGUUUGCGUAACACACCUUCUGUUGAAGAUUUUUGACUUUUGUGAUACUACGAUUAUUGAGACAGAAAAUUGCUUCUUCUAGACGCUGGUCACUGUAAAUAUAUAAUAAUGAUAGGACGCCACACAAUACAAUUAUUAGUUCAUGCAAGAUAAUCUGUAUACAGUUAAAUAUAUUUAGGAAUGUCCGUUUAUAACAUUAAGGAUUUACGUACGUCACGUUAAGAAGUGCUAAAACGUAAAUAAUAAUAGCAAUUAUCAACUUUGUUCAAUGUAUAAAUAAAAGCAAUUCUAUUAAAUGAAAAAAAAAUA